UUUGACAAGUUUAAUUCAAAGCGCGAUACGAUACGCAUCUUAGUGCAAAAGCUCUGCGAAUACACAGUGACAAAGUAAAAGAUUUGAUUUACAGUUAAUAAAAAUGUCUCUGCUACCAUUUAUUCUUGGCCACGAUCAUCCCCAUCGCCUUUACGAUCAGGAUUUUGGCUUGGCAAUGACGCCCGAAGAUUUACUGACUGCAACAGUUGCUCCUAUGUUAUCCCGGGACUACUACCGACCAUGGCGUCAAUUGGCUGCCGUAGCUCGUGACAUCGGGUCGACCAUCAAGUCCGACAAAGAUAAAUUCCAAGUCAAUCUAGAUGUGCAGCAUUUCAAGCCGGACGAAAUCUCUGUGAAGACUGUUGAUGGUUAUAUUGUCAUAGAAGGCAAACACGAAGAAAAGCAGGACGAACACGGGUAUGUAACCCGACAUUUCACACGUCGGUACGCUAUUCCAGAUGGUUGUAACCCUGACACCGUCGAAUCACGAUUGUCUUCUGAUGGUGUGCUAACUGUGGUUGCUCCGAAGGCUACACCAGCAGUCCAGAACGAGAGGAGCGUCCCUAUAUCACAGACGGGGCCUGUGAGGAAGGAGAUCAAGGACCAAACUUCUCAAGCCAGUGCUAACGGUGAAAAGUGAAUUUCAGAGUGAAAUUCUGUGCAGUAUUAGUGUUUUUAUUUUAUGUAUAAGACUGAUUCCAUUUUGUAAGAUUUCAUUUCGUAAAAAUGCAUUGAUGUAACCAAACCGUGUAACUUUUAAUUUUUGUAAUGGUUAAUAAAUGUCGUUUUGUUUGCAA